AUGGCGAGCGACGGCGCGGUGGCCACGCCGGCGAAGGUGACCCCGAAGAAGGCCAACCUCCUCGACCCCCACUCCAUCAAACACCUCCUCGACGAGACCGUCGCCGAGGUCGUGAAGGGCAAGGGCUAUGUGGAGAACACGCGGCUGGGCAACUGGAAGCUCCUGAUCGGGACGGCCGUGAUAGCCAUCGCGCUCCUCGCGCAGUUCUACCCGAAGAAGUUCCCGCAGAACCGCGAGUUCCUUCUCGAUCUGAUUUUUUGUUGGGAAUUGUUUGGAAUUUGUUGUUUGUUACUGUUGGUCCUUGACUUCAUGGUGGAUACGUAUGUGGUGAUGAAUGUGGUGCUGCUGAUCCUUAGCUACACCAAGGAGAAGGAUGCCAUCAUCUUCACCCACCCUCCUGCUGGUUCUUUCAAUAACACUGGCCUUGUUAUAUCUUCAAAGUUACCAAGAUUCUCGGACAUGUACAAUCUUUCAAUAGCCAGCGCAGAUCCAGAGUCUAUCUCUGCUCACAAGCCCGUCCACUUCACUAAGAGUGUUACAAAAUGGUUUACAAAGGAAGGUGUUCUUGUGGAGGGCCUGUUCUGGAAGGAUGUUGAGAGACUCAUUGAUGACUACAACAACGAGCGCAAGAGCAAAUGA